GAGACUGGAUCAGAACCAGGCCCGAUGGAGAAAAGCUGCAGAGUCAGCUGGCUGUGCGUCCUCUGCGUGGUCCUGGCCCUGGUCUCCGUGGCAACCAUCGUCACCUUGUGGACCAUCGCUCUGACAGGAGGCAAAGGAGAUGACGUCACAGCUCCUUGGGACAGGUACCGCCUGUCCUCGGCUUUGGUCCCAGAGUUCUACAACAUCUCCCUGUGGCCUCGGCUCAGGCCUGACCCGACCUCCGGCCUCUACCUGUUCACAGGACACUCCGUUGUGCAGUUUGUGUGUCAGGAAGCAACAGAUCUGAUCCUGAUUCACUCCAACAAACUGAACUACACAAGGACGGGCGAGGCUCCGGCUGUCAGCCUCACCGCUGCAGAAGGAGGUUCUGCUCCAAAUAUCAGGUCCACUUGGCUGCAGCUGAAGACUCAGUUUCUGGUCAUUGAGCUGAGCAGCAGACUGACCCCGGGGCAGAAGUACCAGCUGACCGCUGAGUUCACCGGAGAGCUCGCUGACGACCUGGCUGGAUUUUACCGGAGCGAAUAUGAAGAAGACAGAGUCAGGAAGGUUGUUGCCACCUCUCAGAUGCAUCCGACGCACGCCAGGAAGACGUUCCCUUGUUUCGAUGAGCCGGCCAUGAAAGCUGUUUUUUACAUAACCCUCAUCCACCCGCCUGGAACCGUAGCCCUGUCCAACGGCUAUGAGACAGAUGUUGCUCUCAUGUUUGCUGAUGGAGAAGCUGUGCUGCACACCAGGUUUGAACCAACCAAGAAGAUGUCCACCUACCUGCUGGCCAUCAUCGUCUCUGACUUCACGCACCUGAACGCCACGCAAGGACCCACUCAGAUCCGUAUCUGGGCCCGCAGGAAGGCCAUCGAGCAGGGUCAGGGAAACUACGCCCUGAAUGUAACCGGACCUGUGCUGAACUUCUUCCAGUCCUACUACAACAUCUCGUACCCUCUGACCAAGUCAGAUCAGAUUGCGCUGCCAGACUUUUAUUUUGGUGCGAUGGAGAACUGGGGUCUGGUGACGUACAGGGAGACCAACCUGCUGUAUGAUCCUGAGACUUCGUCCAACAGGAAUAAAGAAACCACCGUCACCAUCAUCGCUCAUGAACUGGCCCACAUGUGGUUCGGGAACCUGGUGACACUGAGCUGGUGGAACGAGGUCUGGCUGAACGAGGGCUUUGCUUCGUACGUGUCAUAUCUGGGAGCCGAUUACGCCGAGCCGGACUGGAACGUGAAAGACCUGAUCGUCCUGGACGAUGUGCACAAAGUGUUCGCUGUGGAUGCUCUAACAUCGUCUCAUCCUCUGACCUCUAAAGAAGACAGCAUCGUCCUUCCAGAACAGAUCAUGGAGCAGUUUGAUACCAUCUCCUACAGCAAGGGUGCUGCAGUGCUCAGGAUGCUGUCAGACUUCCUGUCAGAACCCGUCUUCAAACAGGGACUCAGUAGUUACCUCAGAUAUUUCUCCUACAGCAACACUGUCGGCAUUAACCUGUGGAAACAUCUGGAGAAGGCGGUGAAGGACAACAACGUGUCGCUCCCUCGUCAAGUCGACGCCAUCAUGAACCCCUGGGUGCUUCAGAUGGGCUUCCCCGUGGUUACCAUAGAUACGAGCACUGGAAAGGUUUCCCAAAAGCACUUCCUGUUGGAUCCAGAGUCAAAUGUGACGGUGCAGUCACCUUACAGGUAUGAGUGGAAGGUCCCUGUCCGCUGGAUGAAGGACGGAGAUGUCCACAAAAACCUCUGGUGGCUGAUGGAAAAAGAAGCUGUGAACCUGGACAUGAGGACUGGGGCUUCGUGGGUUCUGGCCAACAUCAACAUUACCGGGUACUAUCGGGUCAACUAUGACCUAGGAAAUUGGGAGCGGCUGUUUGCUCAACUCAGCUCAGACCAUCAGGUGAUCCCAGUGAUCAACAGAGCUCAGCUGGUGGAUGAUGCCUUCAACCUGGCCAGAGCUAAGCUGGUCUCCACCACUCUGGCCCUCAGGACCACCUCGUACCUGUCCCAGGAGACCGAGUACAUCCCCUGGCAGUCUGCGCUCAACAAUCUGCAGUACUACGAGCUGAUGUUGGACCGAACCGAGGUCUACCAGCCCAUGCAGGACUACAUCAGGAAGCUGGUAACGCCGCUCUUCUUUCACUUCAAGAAUGUGACAUCAAACUGGAGCCAUGUUCCUGAGAAACACACAGAGCAGUACAACCAGGUGAACGCCCUGCUCACAGCCUGCAGGACCGGACUCACCGAGUGUCAGAACCUAAGCAGCACCUGGUUCAGACUCUGGAUGGAAAAUCCUCCACAUAACCCCAUUCAUCCCAACCUGCGCUCAGCAGUGUACUGCAGCGCUGUGGCUGCAGGCGGUCAGACCGAGUGGGACUUCGGCUGGUCUCAGUUUAAGAUGUCGUCUGUAGCCAGCGAGGCAAGUAAACUCCUGUCAGCUCUGGCCUGCAGCAACGACACGGAGCAGCUGAAGAGGUACCUGUCGCUCACGCUGAACUCCUCCAUGAUCCGUAAGCAGGACGCCACCUCCGUCAUCACAGCUGUGGCUGCUAACAGGGCGGGACAGAGUCUGGCCUGGGACUUUGUCCGAGACCAGUGGGAGUACCUGUCCACAGAUUAUGGUGUCGGCUCAUUCUCCUUCGCCUCGUUGAUCUCUGGGGUCACAGCGAGGUUCUCCACACCAGCAGAACUACAACAGCUGCUGGACUUCGUGGAGGAGCACGAGGCUGCAGGGUUCGGUUCUGCGUCACUGGCUGUGGAUCAGGCCUUGGAGAGGACCGAGGCCAACAUCAAGUGGGUGCAGCAGAACAAACAGGAAGUUCUGGACUGGUUCCUCAGCCAGAUAUCAGAACAUCAGCAGAACUAACUGGGAGCUGAGAGUCGAGGUGGGACAUUUAUAAAGCAGAGCCGAAGAACGAUGUCGGGAUCAGACUGUUUGUGCAAUGAGCCUUUUUAUUGGCCCGACUCGUAAAUCCACUCAGAACC